AUGACCCUAGGACUUCGACCGCCUUUCGACUACUCUUUUCCCGCCUUCAUGAGACCCCCUGUCAUGCCAAGUCUCGUCACGGCGUCGUGGUACGCGCCGUCCGAGACGUCCUCCGCGCCAACCCAGGCCACGCCGCUCCGCGUUGCCCUCGUCGCCUUGUCCGACGCCUCCCAUUCGUCCGUCGCUUCGACGCUCUCCGCCUCCGGCGGCGACAAUGCUGCUGCCGUCGCGAAACCGUCGCCGGUCGCUGCAGUUAACGCGUCCCCCGCCGCCCGAGGCGCUGCUAGCAGAGCUAUUGCUCCGCGCGCGGUGCCGCGGCCGGUAGUGAUGAACGCGUACGACGGCGUGCUGGACCCCGACCUGUUCGAGACCGCCGACGAGUUGGGGCGCGGCGGGUUUGGCACGGUGGUGGCGAUGCGGCGAGUGGAAAGCGGCGAGGUGGUGGCGGUGAAGCGCGUGGCGCGCAAGCAGAUGGUGGCGGCGGCGAACGAGGCGAUGGUGGCAGCGUCGCUGAGCGAGUGCCCGGGCGUGCUGGGCGUGCGCGAGGUGCAUCUGGCCGACCACCACGCGUACCUGCUCUCCGACGUCUGCUCUGGCGGUGACCUCCGCGCCUUCCUGCAGCGCCGGCCCGCUGCCGCCGCAACCACGCCCGCGGAGAAUGGCAAGGGCAGGCGGUGGUGGGGGAAGGCGAGCGGCGAGGACGGGCGGGAAGGGGGAAUGGAGGAGGCGGAGGCGCUGGAAGUGGUCAAGCACGUGGGCGACGCCGUGGCGUUCUGCCACGAGCGAGGCGUGGUGCACUGCGACAUCAAGCCCGACAACAUCCUCUUCGCCUCGCCCCUCUCCAACAUGGAACCCCCGCCUUGCCAACCCGCCGCUAGCCCCGCUGCGCCUGCGCGCCCCUCUCCUGCUGCCCGCCUCUGCGCGCCCGUCUCCUCGGCUCGCGCCUCCCCCCGGCUGGCCGCGGGGGCAGUGCGGCUGGCGGACUUUGGGUUGGCGCAGGUGGUGGCGGAGGGGCAGCGCGCGUGCCGCACUCCCGCAGGCACGCCCGGGUACAUGGCGCCUGAGGUGGAGGCCCUCUGCCGCCCUCGCUGCCCGCCCGCCCCUGGCGCCGCGAAGCAGCGAAGAGGAGCCCCGGCGAGAGCAGCAGGGGGAGAGGCAGAGGCAGGCGGGUAUGGGCGGGCAGCGGACGUGUGGUCGCUGGGGGUGACGCUGUUCGAGAUGAUCGCAGGCGAGCGGCCGUACGCGGGGGAGGCGCCUCAGCAGGGCGAGUGGCGCGCGCGCAUGGAGGGGGCAGCGUGGGAGGGCAUGUCGGAGGAGUGCCGCGCGCUGGUGAGCGGCAUGCUGAGAGUGCGCGCGGAGGAGAGGCUCACCAUGGCGCACGUGUGCCACCACCCCGCCAUGAUCCGCGCCUUCGGGGGCAGCGGGACGCGCAGUUGCCCGCGCGCGCUCCUCCUUGACACCCGCGCGCGCUUCUUCUUGACGCCCGCGCACGCUUCGCCUGUUUGCCCGCGCGCGAUUUUCCACGUCGCCCUCGCGCGCUUCUUCUCGUCGCCCGCUCGAUUUUCUCCUCGUCGCCCCCACCACUUCAUUUUGCGCGCGCUUCUCCUCGUCGCCUCCGCCUCUGUAUUUCGCGCAAGCGUCACCGUACCCGCCUGCAUCCCCGCCUCCGUCCACCCUCCAUCUCUUCCUCCCUCCCAUCUAUCCCUCUCCCCUCGCUUCCUAUAUCUCUCGCUCUCUCUUACGCUCCCAUCUCCCUCGCUCUCUCUUUCUCUUCUGCCUCUUUCGAUCUCUCUGCACUCCUUCCUUCCCAUCUUCUCUCUCUUUCCUCGCCCUUCCCACGGACAGAUGGGGAAGGACACGGGGGUGAGGUCUUAG